CUUUGUUAUUCUCUCUUCCAGAUCUCUUGUCUGGACUUUGGAAAUAACUUUGGUUCUUGGAUUUCUUCUGUUGACCCGGGAGAAUUAGUGUGGAGGCCAGACUGAAAAUAUGCCUUCGUGACAAAGUCUCUACAAAGCUGAUCCCAUCUUGGCUUUAAGAUAAAAAGAUGGCCUAUCACAAAGUGAAUGCAGACCAGAGAGCACAGGGGCACUCUCCAUACCUGGACAACGAUGAGCUCCAAGCCACAGCGUUGGACCUGGAGUGGGACAUGGAGAAAGAGCUGGAGGAGCCUGGCUUUGACCAUUUCCGACUGGACAGCGCAGCCCAGCACCACCUGGGCAACUCACAGAGCCCUGACCUCGACCUGGAGCCCAUCCAGCCUUCCUCUUCCCCAAAGGGGAGAUUCCAGAGGCUCCAGGAAGACCCUGACUACAUCUCCCACUACACCAGACAGGCGCCAAAGAGCAACCGCUGCAGCUUUUUUCGAAUACUGAAAGUAUUUUGCACUGCUUUGAUUUUAUUUAUUUUUGGAGUUGUGAUAGGAUAUUAUGCACGGAAGAAAUGCCCUUCUCCCCCAACAUCUCAAGAACCAAAUAAUCCUCAGAUCUACCAUGAAAUUCUCAAGGAAAUCAAAGCUGAAAAUAUUCAACGGAUUUACAGAGAUUUGUUAGAGUUCCCCAGAGGAGAUGAUGAUGCAGACCUUGCAGUGAAAAUCCAGGGUCAGUGGCGUUCCCAAGGCCUGGAGGAUGUCCGGCUGGUGAAUUACUCCGUUCUGCUUGACCUGCCAGGCCCUGCUUCAAACACAGUCACUCUGCAAAGCAGCGGGGAAUGCUUUUAUCCAAGUGGACAGCAGUGCAGCACAGACCCCAAAACACUUCACAGCCCAGACCUCCUGUACUCCUACGCAGCUUAUUCUGCCAAAGGAACUCUUGAGGCAGAGCUUGUUGAUGUCCAGUAUGGGACCAUGGAAGACCUGAUCCGGGUUCAAGCCAUCACAAACGUGACCAAAAAAAUUGCACUUUUGAAGCUUGGACAAUCACCUUUGCUUUAUAAGCUUUCUCUGCUGGAAGGUGCAGGGUUUGGUGGUGUUCUCGUUUACACUGAUCCUUGUGACUUGCCAAAGACUGCAGACCUUGCUGACAAAGCCUUUAUGGUCUCCUUGAACAGCGGGGGAGAUCCAUCCACACCUGGUUAUGCCAGCAUUGAUGGAAGCUACAGGCAGAAUCGACUGAACCUCACAACACUGUUGGUACAACCAAUUUCUGCACUGCUUGCCAGAAAACUUGUUUCCAUACCUGAGGACACUGCCCAAAGAGACAGGUGUACACCCCUCCACCUGCCAGCUGCAGGCAAAAAAACAAUCAGUCUGACCAUUCAGUCUGUCACAACUUUCAAGACAAUUUCUAAUGUCAUUGGAUAUCUAAAAGGAGCUGUAUUUCCUGACAGAUACGUCAUCAUUGGCAGCCACCACAGCAGUUUGCAGGGCUAUGGUGGGCAAGGCUGGGCCAGCAGCACUGCCGUGACCACAGCCCUGCUCCAGGCCCUGAUGGCAGAGGUGAGGAGGGGCUGGAGGCCUGACAGGACCCUGCUCUUCUGCUCGUGGGGAGGAACAGCCCUGGGCAACGUGGGCUCCUACGAGUGGGCUGAGGAUCUCAGGAGCGUUCUUCAAAGAAAUGUUGUGGCCUACAUCAGCCUCCAUAAUCCAGUUACAGGCAACUCAACCUUACGGCCCGUGGCAUCCCCUUCUCUUCAGCAGCUGGCAGCAGAGAGCCAGAGCUUCAACUGUGUGGAAAAGGCAAGAUGUCCAGGAUACAAUGUGAGUUCUGUGCAGAUUCAGGGAGAUGCAGAUUAUUUCAUCAACCACCUCGGAGUACCUGCCACACAGUUUUCCUAUGAGGACAUCAAAGCAUCAGAGAAUUCCAGCUUUCUCUCUGAAGCUCUUUUUCCUGUACCUGCAACAAAAACUGAAGAGCUGGAUCCCUCCUUCAGCCUGCACGAGACCAUUGCAAAGCUAACAGGACAAGUGACUUUGCAAAUUGCCACUGCUCCAGUUUUGCCGUUUAAUGCCCUCGACAUCGCGUUAGAAGUUCAGAACAGUCUGAAAGGUGAUGAAGCAGGCGUCCCUCAGCUGCUGGCGGUGGCGUCGCGGCUCAGGGACACGGCGGAGCUGUUCCAGUCAGACGAGAUGCGCCCGGCCAAUGACCCCCAGGAGCGAGCCCCCGUCAGAGUCAGGAUGCUCAAUGAUGUGCUGCAGGGCUUGGAGAAAAGCUUCCUGCUUCAGCAAGCUCCUCCAGGACUUUACAGAAAUAUUCUUUACAGACUGGAUGACAGGACCAGCCAGUUUUCAGUGCUGCUGGAGGCACUGGAGCACUGCAAACUACAUCAGUCAAAUGAGACUGUUCAGGCAGCUUUGUCAGAGGUGCUGAACAGCAUCAAUUCAGCUCAGGUUUACUUCAAAGCGGGACUUGAUGUGUUUGAGACUGCCUUAGCUGGAAAGAAAUGAGAGGAUUCUCUGCAUUCUAAGACGUUUGUUUACAACUCUCUAAACAGAAGUUCAACUUGGACCAGAAUUGUUCUGAGGAUCAAACCUUUCUCAGCCUUCAGCUGGCGCUUAAAGGUACUGCUACACAUGGUUUAAGAAAUGUAAAACAGUAUUUUGCACUGUUCACAAUAUAUCUCAAAUGCCUGUUCCUGAAUGUAUAAAACCUAAAGAGAAGGGAGUAACACUUCAGAGAUGAUUUUUGGAAGGACAUCUGCUGUACUUUUGUAUGUGAAAUGUGUUUUUAUGACUGAGAGCUCAAUCAUGCGAAGUACCAAGCACGUCCUGCGAUGUGCUGAAGCCCUGGUUCUGAGACACCCCACAUGUGCAGCCAGGGGAGAUUUCCUCUGUCAGAAAAACCUGACUCAAGUUUCUAAAUGUUUUCAGCAAGCUCAUCUUCUUCCUUACUCCAUUCAGAGUAAGGAAGGAUGUGGUGUUUCCAUGGGUAUCCAACACCGGAGUGGAAAUGCACAGAACACCUUCAAGGGUGCAAUCCAACACCUUUACUCCUGUGGAACAAUAAAUACCUCAGUUCUGAGAAUACAGAUAAACUUCGAUUCUUCCAUUUCUGUAUGAAAAUAAAGAGUUGUUUUCUCUGAUGUUUCUUGGAGAGGAAAUUUUUGUGAUGAUUUCAAAUUAUUUGAAAAGUGUGAAUCGGUAAUUACACUUGCACAAAAAUACUUUGAAUGUUUAUGUUAAAUGAAAGAACUGCCUAGUCUUUAUAAGGCUAGAGGCCUCAAAAAUUUUCACCAAACAUUACCAAAAAAUCCCACUUCAAGGUCUCUAAACUUCCAGAGAGCUGUAAAUAAAAGCAUGGCCUCCAAGUCUUGGGAAAAAUUUUGGGAUUCCAUCACUCUUGGCCACACCACCAAUCCAUCCAGGCUGGAUUGUUCCAUCAGGCCUCACAUUUAGGACCUGGGUCAUUGUCAGAAAAGCACAAGGCAAACAUACAUCCAUUCCGUGCUGUAGAACCAGGAAUUCAAGUGUGGAGGCACAAGCUGGUGAAGCACAUGGCAGAGCUAAAAUGCAAAUCUGCUUUUCCAUUGGUAGAAGGCUCUAAUGACACCAUUGCCUGUUGGCCAAAGUAAUCUGUGUGUGAAAGGAUCAGGAGGUUCAGUGUCCUCUGAGGGGAUGCUAUACCCAUUUGAGAACUGCAGGUCUUAAUAAUAUAAACAGUUGAAAUUGUUAAGCCCUAUUUGGGCUUUACAGUCUCAAAUUAUUCUAGGUUCAGAGCUUAAAUAAUUAAUUUUAUAUAGAUACUUAGAAUUUAAAUAUAAUUUAUUUAAUGGAAAUAUUAAAUGUAUUGUUAUCCAGUUUGCCAUGUAAACAUUACAAGAACAUUUCAGGUUGGAAUAAAAAUGGAAAAAGUGUCUGUAUUAAUGUUUAAAAAUUGCCUUCAGGAAAAUUUCUGUGCACAAUUUGGUGAAUUUUUUUUUAAAGUUCACAUAGCAAGAAAUGAGCUGUUUACAGAUCUGGGUUUCUGUUUCUAAAGUCCUUACAAAGGGGUCUCUCCACGCAAUGGCCCAGGACUGGGUACACACAGCUGUGCUGUUGUUAAAUUUCUUCAUAAGUUAUGAUUGAGCAGAGGCAGAGCUGUUGUACAGCAGCCUCUGCAGUGGGAAUUCGUAUUUUUUCAGCACCAGUCAGUGGGUCUGCCUAGACUCAGACAUCAUUAUCUCCUGGCUUUCCUUGCCAUCUGAACAGCAAAGCUGAUGAUGAUCUUUGCAGAGAGAAUUUGACUUCUGGAGAGUAAUAUUGUUUAUGAUGCAGGUUCACCCCUUGUCUGCGUCGUUUUUAUUAUUAUAAGAUUUAAGUGGUUGGAAUAUUUGAAUUUGAAUUGUAUGUUUAUUUUGGGGAGUUGGGAAUGUACUGUGCAUGUUACAAUUGAAUUGCAUUUGUGACAGGGACCACUCUUCUGACAGCUCAUUAAGUGACUUAAUUUCUUUGGAGUGCUGCCUCACUGUGGAAUUUUUGAUGGGAUUCAGUGAUAAAGGGUCAGGUUAGGAGACCAAAAGAGAGGUUAACACCUUUGGUAACUCUGCCAAGUGAAUCUAAUAAUUCUACCAUUUAAUAACUGCUUCCUCAUCCUUACAAUGUUCCACCAAACCCACCUCUAAUGCAACCAAAGUGUACUCAGCAAAAUCAGUGAAAUCUGGUGGAAGCAAUAUCUCUCAUGGGUGAUUUCUCAACCCUGUAAUUCCAAAAUAAAAUAUUUAUCUUGUUUUCUCACUAAUGUCCUCCUGUAGCCACUUCUAAACUAACAGACUUAAAAGUGCUCUGCUGGAAAAGCACUGCUGUUGUAAAUGUCUGUCUAUUCUAGACACAAUCAGAUGUUCUUGUUGGUAAGAUGAAUCAGAUGAGCUAUUUAGGGACUUAAAUGCAUUGAUUUUAAUGUCAUCUCACACUUGUAGAUCUUUUGAAGGCUUUUAUUUCAAUGUUCAGAUCUUACAUAUAAGUGAAUGCUCAAUGAUAAUAUUUGUACCAUUAUAGCUUUGGAAAAAAAACACUUUUGAGCCAUAUCCUUCCAUUGAUUUUCAAAUCCUGUCUAUUGACUUCAAGGAAUUUACAGCAAGUUAAGGUCCUAAGUAUCCAGUGAGCUUCUAACAUAGAGUUUUUGCCCAAACAGCUGUGAAACGUCAGCUAAAGGAAGGUGUUAGUAAAUCAUAGCAGCUUACCCAGAUUGACUUAAUUCCUGUGUUGUACUGGAAUAAACAGAGCACCCUUAAAGGCGGAAUACAUUUGUAAAUUGCCUGAAUGAUACUAAAAAUGUGUUAGCUUUUCAGCAGCAUCAACUGCCAGAGACAGUAUAACAAAAGCAUUGAUUGCUCCUUAAUCUAGAGUCAUGCUCACAGUGACCAGAAAAUCCCUGCAGCCUGCAAUAUUUGUAUGUUGAGACAGUUGAUAAUAAAAAGCCAAUAAGGUUUUAUUAGUAUGUAUUUUAAAGAGUCCAUAAAAAAGCUAAAGCACAAUCAAGGCAGAUGAAUAAAAAGUACAUGGGAGCUGGGUUUUGAGUACUAACCUUAAAAAAGGCAGUGAAUUGUUUUUAUCAUCCAAGAAAAAUAGUAGCUGUGUUAAUAUGCAAACACACAAAUGCCUUAUAUCUUCAGAAGGUUGUGCAAACAUUAAUUUGCUUGCAGUGAUAUGAUACAUCAAGAUAAACAUGUAAAUAAUUGCAUGAGAAAAAUAGCAAGCUCUUUGCACUGCCUCCCUUCCCUUUUAGGAAAGUAUUUCAGUCUAUAGACGUGAAAGGAGGCACUGCAGCUGACCUCAGUUCUUGCAGCAGUAGGUGGGGAGAGGUUAAAUCUCAGGUAUUGCAGAAGGAACCACUGGAGGUCAUUUAUUCCAACCUCCCUGCUCAAACAGGGUCACCUAAAAACAGCCUCCCAGGAGGGGCAGUGCUCAGGUUACUGCUGAAUAACUCCAGGGAUGGAGAUUCCUCAACCUUUCUGGGCAAUCUGUGCCACCCUCACAGAGAAAGUGUUUCAUUAUUCCAUAGAAACAGUUCCUCCAAAAUUCUCACUGUAUUUCUGAGUUGCUACAUUCGUGUAAUCAUUUUCAUUCAAACAUUCAAAAGGUAGCCAUCAUUUCAUCUAGCAAAAACUCUCAGACACCAUUUCUAGGAUUUCACAGGUAUAAUAAUACAUGUUGGAAAUUUUGUAUAAGAUUUGUCCUUCAAGCCAUAAAUUAUUUUUUUAAGCCAUAGAAACUAAUGUCUUUAUCUUUUGAGGUCUUUUGUACAGUCCCUGGUCCCCAGUCACAGGAUUUCUCUAUACUUGAGGAGGUUGUCACCUCAUCAGCACACAUGUGGCUAUAAAUGCAUCUACUGUACCCAGACUUUGGGGUCUCACUGUGCUUGUGUUGAGUGGAAAGGAAGGCAAGAUAAUUACAUGACUCAUUCUGGCUUUCAAAGCUGAUAAAUGCUAUAGAAGUGUCUGGUCUGUGUUCUCCAAGGGGCAGUUCAGAUUUCCCUGGCAGGCCCUGUGCUGGGAGCAGGGAUCUGUGGCACUCAGAAGUGGCACCUCUGUGUGGCUGUCCCAGCAAACCAGCUCAGUGUGGGAGAUGUUCUUCCCCUUUGCCAUUCAGUAACAUUUCAGCAGUGUCACACCAUCCCAGAAGAGUGGGUGAUAGGAAAAACAAUCUCAUUUCAACAUGCCUGGGACCUGAGUUUGGAAAACAGUUUGCCUUGUACUAUUAGAGUUCAAAACAAUGUAAGGCGUUGUGUUUUGGAGCUCUGAAUCUACACAAUUUGAGACAGGGUUUCCAGUAACACAAGUAAAUGUCUGAAAUACAGAAUACAAAUAUAAUUGUGGUCUAUUACAUGUUACUAUAAUGUUAAAAAUUACUUGGAUAACAAGUAACCCUCUGGCUGUUUUUUCUCCUUCUAACACCAUCUUCUCCAAUCCCCUGCAUUCAUCUUCUCUCACAUCUCUUUUGCAAUGUGAUGAUUUUUCCCAUCCCUCACCACCUUUUUCUCAGCCACUCCCACUAGUUUUCUGUGUCCAUUCUGCUUCCUUAUCACUUCUUGAGCUCCCCUUUAAUUCAUCAACCACCUCCCCAAGUUAAUCCCCCUUUUUUCUCUCUCUGAUCUCAGUCAUGCCUUUUGUUCCCCAUUCAGUUCUCAACUCACCUCCCUCAAGUUUCAAUUAUUAUUUCUGGAACAGCUGACCAUAAUAAAGAGCUGAAAGUGGUGGAAAAGUCCUGCUCAGAUCCGAUGGAUAAAGUGUAAGGAGACAUCAUCUGUUAAAUUCAAAGUAUUCACUUCUGAGUACAUGUAAGCAGCAGGUUUUCAGUUAUAGCUUGACUGAAUGGAAACAGCCUUUUUUUUCCUAUCUUCUUUCUCUCUAAUGUCUGGACCAGGAAAUUCCCUCAAAAGUAGCAGUGUAGAAAGGUGAUAAUCUUGAAAGUUUUGAAAUAAACCUUUGAAGUUUAUUUGAAUUCAAUCCUGAAGUUGGAUGAAUAAGAAAUUAUAGACAAAGAAUCAGAAUUGGUACUACCUGUUCUACAAAAUAAAACAGGCAAUAUCUAAGCACAGAAAUUCUCUGAUCUUGCCAGGAGCCACCCAGCAUUCUCUCCAUGUUGGCUAAAUACCAAACUUCUGUGUGUAAUUCUGCUGUCCUACAUUGUUUUACAUUGUUAAGGAUGGCAAGGACUAAAGGCACAUGCACAAACCUGUACUUGAACGUGCACAUUUGAGCCUAGGAAGUGCCUAAGAAUAAUGAAUACUCAUUUGGGAAACAAAGGCUUUUAAAAUAUCUAAAUUAGACUGCAUGUUUACUAAAAAUAUGGUGCUGUUAAGCCUUUGUUUUUUCCUAAUUAUAAUCCCACUGCUGCUGGUUAUUUCUACUCUUGCUCAUACAGACUUGUCAUAACUGGAGAAAAUGCACACCUGCAUGGAUUUGCAAAAGAGAUGAUGUUGCACCUCAGUCUUACUGACCUUACUGGACUGUUUUUUCCAACAGAGUUGACUUCACCAUAAUAACUUACCAGGGUACUAUUCCACAGAACCAAGGUUAGAAGAAUUUGGCCACUAUUCAUGGAAUUUCCCACAAGAUUUGGUAUCAGAAGAUCAAUUAUUUCAGUUUAGUCUAUUUUUUUUAAUCUCUCAACAUAGAUUAAUUCAAGCAAGAAUGUAUUUCUUUUUUUUUAAUGGGGAGGAGUCUCUUGGUAAGCGUUAAGUAAGCCCACAGGGCAGAAUAUGAAUGUGUAUGUACAAAUGAUACAAUCUAAAAUUAACUUUGUACCUAUUAUGAAUGUUGGAUUAACGCAGACAUACUUUUAUAAAUUUCACAGGUUGGAAUUAAUACAAGGGCUUAAUUUAAGAAAUUUAAUCAGAAUAAAGGUGUGGAACAACA